ACCCAUUUUACAACGCCUAUUAGUUGACCCUCUUCUUCAUCUACAAUAUUCGUUCAACACGAUCAGAUUUAUGCUACUCUGAAGCAAAUCAUCACCAUCUCGCAAAAGAAACACAACACUCACAAGGUGGAUGAAGCUAUGAUCGAACAGAGUCAAAAGGAAACAUUCGGUCGCUUUUUUAAGUCCAUUUUGCCGUAUGGCCACACAGCAGAGGACAUCAACUUGGCAAUGUUUGGAAAGAUAAUUGAUAUGGAGCCAACAAUCUCAUCCGAUAAUCAUAAAAUUUUGCUUGACAUUGUUAAAGAAGACGCUAACAAAUCAACCGAUCACUGUGUCGUGGCAAUGAUUGGUCGAUCAGGGUCAGGAAAAACAGCCACCAUUGUUGAUCUGGCGAAACAUCACUUUGUCGUAUAUGUCGUUUGCUCUGACCCACACUCACGCAAGCCACCUGGAUUUCAAGAUCCAAAUUUUGACAAACUAGCAAAAGAAGCAAACGAUUUUCACUGCACGCAAUAUGAAAAAGCUCUGGAGUCAUUUGAUCAAGUACUAUCAAAAGACAACAAUCUGAAAAAUCUUAUUGACGAUCGUAUCAACUUGGAAUUCCUCACUCGAUUAUUGUUCCUACUAAUGCUCUUCAGUAUCAAAAGUGACCUUUCGCCAGAACAAUUCUUCCGUGAACAGACUAAUGAAGGAAUUUCAACCAUUGGAGAAUUAGUUGAAGCACUUCGUGUCUAUGACGUUAUUACAAUACGAGCAAUGUUUCAGCAGGUUUAGGAUAUGGUUAAAGAAAGGAUUGGCGAUCGAGAACUUGCAAUUGCAUUAGAUGAGGC